CACUUGACAACACAUAAACCAUUCAAAUUCCCACCCUUCUAGAGAUUAAAAAUAGUCAAGCUUUAGAAAGGUUGUUUCUUUUUAAGUCAUCUGGAUAGCCCUAUGUGCUUAUUAUAGCAACUGAAUUUAAACCAACCCACUUUUUGAAUCCUUUCUUCUUUCCACCACUGCUGCUUCAGCUCUUGCUUAAGUUACUGCUGUUUAAUGAAACUUCCAGCAUUUGUACUUGCAUUCCAAAAUGUCUCCCAAGGCAAUGUUGGAGAAUUUAUUCUUUUCAAGUGUUCAUCUUAUAGCGAAACUCACAUUAGUCGAAGAUGGUUGUAUGUACGUGAGAUUCCAGAUAAAAAUUACAUAGUUACCCUAGAAGCUCCAUUUAUGAAAAUGAAGGAAAUUCAUUUGGAACCUGAGAAACUUAAUUUCUUGGAUAACAGGUUAGCUGAAGCCAAAAAGGAAGAAGGGAAUGCUCUUUACAAGAAAGAGAAGUACAGGGAAGCAAUUCCUUUCUACAGUGAAGCUAUUGCUAGAGACAUGGUGUGUAAAACAUUCAAAACAAGAGUGGUUGAGACUUUUAAAUAA